AUGACCGAAAAGCUUGCUGCAAAGCCUCUUGUUGCGUUCUUCGGGGGUUUGAAUGAAAAUUUACCAGAAUUUGAACAGUUUACGAAAACGUUUGAUGUGGUAUUCUAUGAGUUAGUCUCUAGAGAACAGUUUGUGUCAGAUCUCAAGACUAAAUUACAAAAUGUUGAAGCAAUUUACGGUGCAUGGGCUCCAUUCGGGAAAAUCGGAAAUCUGGACAAAGAGCUGGUGGCCAAGCUGCCCUCGUCGUUGAAAUUGAUUACUGUUUGUUCCGCAGGGUAUGGUGGAAUAGAUCUGGAUGCUUUACGUGAGAGAGGAAUCAAAUUUUGCAACUCUCCGACGUAUGGUGCUUCUGCAGUGGCAGAAACUGUCUUAUAUCAUGUCUUGAAUGGGUUUCGAAAAUUUGGCUUGUUUGAAGCGACGCUUCGCCAAAAUCCACAUACAAUCGAGGCCCGUUCACUACUGGGCAAUGUAAAGACUUUCGACGCUGAUCGCGGAGUAUAUGUCCUUGACCAUAGCAACAAGUCAAAGUACUGUUUCGGACAUCAUGUGGGGACAAUUGAGGUCCACUCGCCCGUUGGGAAGACUGCUACCAUCAUAGGUUUCGGGGCUAUUGGUAAAGAAGUGGGAAAAAGACUUUCCAGCCUAGGUAUGCAAAUCAUUUAUAUCAAAAGAAACAAGCUUUCCUCAGAAGAGGAGGCUCAAUUGGGUUACAAAGUGCGCUACGCAGCCAGGAUCCAUGAUGUGGCAGCCGAAUCAGAUUGUAUAGUUCUUUGCCUUCCUGCCACUCCACAAUCGGUCAACAUGAUCAAUAAAGAUGUCAUUCAGUUGAUGAAGAAAGGUGUGGUUCUUGUCAAUGUUGGCCGUGGGUCCCUCAUCAAUGACAAAGAUAUGAUACAAGGAUUGAAGGAUGGGAAGAUAGGAUUUGUGGGUUUGGACGUGUUCCCCGAAGAGCCAUUGGUUCACCAUUGUGAAAGACAAGAUAUGUCCUUGACUCCUCAUGUGGGGUCGGCAACAAGUGAAAAUUUCGAUCAGACAGCCAUAUUCUGCUUGAAUAAUAUCAAACAGUACCUGCUCCAUGGUAAAAUAGAAAAUGUGCAAAACUAA